GAUGCAUAUAACAGGGAACAAAAACUUCAUUAUUUCUGCAAAGCAAAGUCUGCUAUGCACCUGACAUUGAACAUAAUUAAUUCGAGCGGACUUCAAACGAUGUUCAGCUAUGACGAAUUUAAGGAUAAAUGUCGCGAGUCAAUGGAAACGGGUGAUUUUGAAUGGAUGGAAGUCGUUCCAUAUGACUCUAGAUUUCCAAAUACCAAUCAAACCCCUAAAUGUGUGCAAAACUUUGUAGAUUUUCAGCGUUGUAAGCGAGUAUAUGGAGAGGAAUACAAAGCUUGCAAUUACUUUAUGCGUACGGCACAAUUACUUUGCCCAUCAUCAUGGGUAUGUUUAAUCUUAAUCUAUUCAAAUCACUUCCAUCAGAUCGAGAAAUGGGAAAAAGAAGUAGAAAACAAUAUGUUUCCAUACAAGAUAUAGGCUAGCUGUAUCAUCCUGAAUUGUAUCUCGUGUUGGUUUCGGAAGACGUAUUCCUUGUUUUUUUCAAAAAAUAGAGGUAGCAUGGUUAUUGAAAAAUAUUAGCAAACAGAUACUUUUUUGAAACAACUAACUGACUUGUGAAUUAUUUCGUUCUUAAUUACAAGCCUAUUCUGAUAUAACAUUUUAGACCUUGCAGAAAUAACCAGUCAUCAAGUCGUACUGGGGAAGAGAUCUGUUAUGACUAGUACUGAGUGGUCUCCACAUGUGUCGCUGUAGUGUAUUCUUGUAGUUACUGAUGUAGUUUGUUCAGCUUUCAUUACGACAUUCAAAGUAUAAGAAUAUAUUUUAAGUGUAUAGGCUCUAUUCUAUAGGUCGAUAUCUUAUGUCGGUACGCUUUCAUGUUUUAAAAAUCAAAUUUGUGUGUACCCGGUAAUUAGUCAGAUACAACAUGGGACCUGACACGCGUAAAUCAGUUCAAACCCCAUACUCCACUAGCACAGUAAGAUGGAAUUACCAGGGAAAUCCCAGAGUAGCAAAUUGGUAACGGCAUUGAUGACAGUAGAAAAGCCUAGGCACCCGAUCUCCCUAUUUUGGGAAAAGUUUUGCCAGGUUUAGGUAAACUUUGGGGAAAUGGCACGAAACCCAAAAUCUCAGGUCUGGGAAAAAUCCCGUAUAUUUCCACAAAAUCAUCUAACAAUUUAGAGGUUUUCCCCAUAGUUUGGGGGGGGGACGCCGGAAUUUCUCCAAGAUGAUAUUAGACACUAGAUAUGAUUCGAGAAAAUACGAAUUAAUAAAAUAAUCAAGCAAUGAAUUGCAAGUAAUUUAGGAUCUGAGGUUCUAAAGAAGGAUCGUGAUGAAGUGUACAAGUGCCAUUCUUCCCUAACCCAAAAAAGCUGAAAUCUUGUGGCAGUAUUUCACAAACAUGAAUGUAGCAGGUCCGUAGGAAUGUAAGUUUAUUCAUAACUUGUGGUGCUUCGGUAUAUCUUUCAGAAGCAGAUAAAAUUGGUAUUCCACUCUGAAGUGACUUAGUCAGUUGUACUAGUAGUUAAAUGUUGGUAUUUCACAACAUUCCAACCCCAGGUUAAUUGUUCAGUCCAUAAAUGAUUACCAACCCAUAUACCUCGGUUCCUACGCUGAGUCUGAAUGACUGGUCAUUGAAUAAACUGUGGUAAAAAGAGUUUGGGGUUUUACAAAGGAAUCAAAUUAGUAGAUGACUUAACUGCCCUGAAAUUAGCGCUAAAAUAGUCGACACGAAAGUACAUCCGUCGGUGAUAAUUAUGGAUUUCGGUGCUCAUACCAUCCGCUACAAUCGGUAUUGCUAGUAAGAGUAAUGACAAGUGCUAGAUUCUGUUGGCAGGAUCUAAGUACGCUAGUUUGGUCAUAUACUUUACUAAAAAUGCCUAUCCAGUUGUAUGCUUCUGACUUGAAGUUACACUUCUAUAGGGAAUUAAAAGACCGGAAUACUAAGUAAUGUCAACUGGAAAAUGUCCUUAUAAGUGCAAUCACGACUUUCCUAACAGCCGUUAUGAAUUACUGAGUAUAACUGUUCAGUACCUGUUGCUGUUACAGUGUCCCUAGAAAGAAGCUUCAUAAGUGCUUUGUUGAUCAUUUAAGGAACUUGUGCGUCAAUAUCAAGGAUUAUUUCUGAUUAUUGGCAGAGAGUUGUACAACUUAUCCUAAGAAUGCACCUUUCGUGUCUAAAGUAGAGGGUUUGUGAAUGAGCACUAAUAAAAGGCUAUUUUGCAUGGGACUACAGAUAUGGUCAGGUAAUCCUACAUCUACUUUGUCAUAAACCUUUCUACAUACAACAAAUCUUAGCAUACGUUCAUUAGUUAAGCAAUGUGACCGCGAUUAUACACCUCUGGUGCAUAUUUCAGGUGUAAAUUAAUUCAUAACUCAUGCUAAAAUUUUGUUCAUGGAAACACGGUGCUCGAUUUACUAUGAUUUUCACAAACCUCAACGACAAUUUAUUAUUAGCUUGGCUUAAAUCGAUCUAUGAAGAAGCAUGCAGGCAGCAACAAGACAAUGCAGCUGAGGGAACUGGCACUAUGUUCUAGGAACUACCAUGGGAAACCUCAGCUCAGUGAGAAAACGAGCGCAAAUAUGUGAUAAAGACAGUCGAGUUCAAUUAAUAUUUAAUAAAUAGGUGGGUAAGUCAUCUACUACACUCAAGUGCAUAGACACUGAUAGUUAGGUUUAAAUAAAUCCGGCAAUUAGUUACCACAGUCAGUAUGAUAAUAGUUGCUAAAGACAUGGGGGAGCUUAUCACUUACGGCUUACCCCAUCCUCAAAAGAAUAUUUGAUGAGGAACCUGAUGCGUUAGCUCCAUGUUUGUCGCUGGAAACGGGGAUCUUUGGGUUAAGGUGUGUAAUUUUUACGACCGACCUAUUCCUAGUCCUUCCUUUUGUUGUAAGAAGGGAGGAUCGCUGCAGUUGCUAGUUACUUUGAGGGGACAUCUUACUGCCGUUAUAACACUGUAAGGUCAAUGGUAUAGCUUUGCCCUCAGACCUUAAGUUGCUGGUCUUGAUGGUACUAUUCAAAAAACAUCUAACGUGGUAGAACCUGAAGGGAUGUGUCCCAACUCCACUGGAUCAUCAUGACAGACAAACCAAACAUACACAUCAAGAUAUAACUUAUGCCUGUCGGGAUAGUUACUAUAAUACUUAAUUACUACGCAUCUGAAUGGCAACUAGUCUUUGCUAUUGUGACAAAGUUAUCAUGACUUCUUUUCUUCAUACUCUUCCUUUAUAGCUAUCUGCUUCCAUUUCCUUAAGCCUACCCCCAACUGGUUUACUUCUGAUUCUCUGAACCUCCUGAUUAUAUUUAAUCCCGAUUUCAACGUUUUAUCUUAUCACGCUGGGCCAUCCUUUUCCCAAUGAUAAUUUCCCUAUCUUUUGAUGAAUAUAUAAGCCAUUAGCAAUCACACGACUACUAGUUUCCUUGUUUCAAAAAGAAAAUCUUUUUUCUAAUAGCUUUGUUUAUUCUGCUUCACUGUCGUAAUGUCUAACAGAAGUUUAUUAUUGUAAUUAUUAUCCUGCAAAAUAAGUAUAUACAUUUGCGAUUGCACAGCUUUAAAAAUGAAUUCACCGAAACAAUCUCCCUUGUUUAGUGUCUUAGUCGGUGCAUUCCGUUUACUGAAAUGAAAUAAGCUAAACCAUGAAUCAUUACAUAACGGAUUCGAGCAGCAAAUGAACUACAUUUUGUCCCUGUUUUGAACUUGAGUAUAACAGUUUACAUAUAUCUAAUAUUUUACACAAGAGCUGUAGUGAUCUGGUCCCAUAUAUUGACUGAAGUAAUUAAGUAUUAUUAUCCUUGAAACUAGUUUGCUUCUAGGAGCAAUUUCUAAUCCAACUAACAAGCUAUACGCUUAGAUAUGAUCACUUUUUAUUUUGAAAAUCACACCACACUUUAACAGAAUGUUACAGAUAAAUUUAGCUACGAUGAUUAGAUGAACAGUUGCUCACUAAUCAUUAGACUUUCGGAUUUUCUACUGGAAAAACCUACAUCUAAUUUGAUUUUAACAGCUAAAGUGGUAUUACAUAUCUGCAUAUAAGUUAUUUUGACUCAAAACCGAUUGUGUGCUAGUAUGGAACACUUCUCUGGUGCUAGAUUAAAUCAUUAAUUCUUUAUUUUGUAUAUAAUCCAUAACUUGAUUUUUGUGGGUUUGCAUCUUGAAUAAUAAUUUAACGAUCUUACUAGAAUAAGGAUAUCUAUCAUAUAGAACCAACACUCACUCACAUAAUCUAUUUUUGCUUUGAAUAUGUGAGGAAACUUCAAAUUAGUAUCAUGGAGAUAACCGAUUGGGAACGGCGUCGGCCUAUGUUUCGUGCUGGUUGAGAUUACUCAACAAAGCGUGCCUAUAAUCUUGAAGACAGAUUCUCCGUAUCGAAUUCAAAACCACAUCACUGUUCGAAGCGUUACCACUAAGCCAUUUAAGCAGCGACUAACCUCGUGUGAGUUUGAGAUAUUUACAUCUGGUCAGUCGUUGAAGAUUGGCCGAAGUCAUGCUUGUUUUGCCUUUUAUUGAUGAACGACUUAGCAAUUGUAGUAGUCCCUAGAGUUAAAUGUAGAGUACUGCAUAGAAAUGGCGAGUCCGUUUAUAGAAUAAUGUUGAUCGACUGUGGUGACUGAAAUCUAUAUCAUCCAUUAACCUCCAUCAGUGGCUUGAAGAAAAGCUAAGGGUAGGCAUUCUAAGUAUAAUACCAGACCAUGAAACCACUAGUCGUUAGUCGUAGGCUUUCCUGGAAGAGUCUGCGUGGUAGUAAUAAUCAAUGAUUGAAGAUAGUCCCAGUAGAGUGGAUGUAUUUAUAAACCUUGAUAUCAGUCCUAUUCCAUUUGUUGAUUUAAUCUGUUUUCCCUUAAAUUCAUACCCAUAUUUGUGAUUGUACAGAGUUAAGAAGGAAAUUGUUGACCCCUCUUUCACUCUACCUGAUUUUGGUUAAUUUUUUUGUAUAACCCAUUUCUCGGCCACAAUUAUCCAGCUAACACAGAACAGUGUAAUCAAUAUUUUCUCAAUGCAAAUCACAGAAGUAUAUAUAUAUUAAAUGUGGAUUUCCGCAUAUUAUAAAGGCACAAAUGAAUUAAUACAAGAGAAUACAAUCAACAAUGAAGAAAAUCAUAAAAUAAUAAUUAACGAUUCAUGGGAUUUGUGGUUCUUUCCUCAGGUUCUUGUUUACCCCACCCUGUCUCUCCUCAAGGAAUAACGAAAAUUUGGACAAAAUAUAUAAAAGGGCAAAAAUUCAAUUUAAGCAAUAGGAUCAUUAACAAAAUGACUAAGAAUCGGUUGUCUGUCAUUAUUGAUAAUAGUAGUGCUUCGACGUAAAACAAUGACAAGUAGAAUGCCUAAAACUACAGAGCUAACAAUGAUUAGCAUCGAGAAUAUAAUCAAUCCAAUCAAUAAAGAAGAUAGAUUAUCAGUAGGCGGGUUGCCAAGACCAAACGACGCAGUCCUUGGGAAAGCAAAGAAUGUACUGGGUUUAAAUAUUUGCAAUUAAUAAUGAAACUUUGAAAUAUAGAAUACAUGAUUUAUUCAAUGAAUACGCGAGAAGGACAAAGUGAACACUGACUCUUACUGUUUAUGUAAACUCUUUAGGGAUCUACCGUGUCAGUAUAUGACAAAACAAUAGGCUUGGAUAUUAAGCACUGGUUGUAAAUAUGCGAGUUCCGUUCUAGUAACUAACUAGAUUAUCCUAUCUAUUCACAUCAAACGUUAUCCCACGAUAGUUUCCGCUCUCCAAAUAAAAGAUGAUUAUCCAAAGAUACCAUUGAGAUGAUAUGGAUUUUUCUCAGCGGCUUAGAAGUCCAAGAGAUCAUAAUCUGGAGACGUUCCGAUUACUAGACAUAAAUGUUCUUCGGAAUUUGGUCGUUUGUAGGAUUGCAAAUACACACUGUUGGGGAUUUGUAAUGUAGGACCAAAGACAAAUAUUUUAUGUCAUAUGGUGAUUUUCUAACUGGUUCCACCUCAUAUCUAACGUGUAGUAAAACAAAGUAACUGUCUUCUUAAUCGGAUUAGAUCCAUAUUAGUUAAGUGAUCGUAUGCUUUAUGUCCUUAUUCAGACUACGAGACUAGUAAAUAUAAAUGUAACUGUAUUUUAUCCAAUCCUAUUUCUAUCAGUCUUCCUUUGUAGUGGAAUUAUAUAUAUAUAUAUAUAUAUAUAUAUAUAUAUAUAUAUAUAUUAUUUAUCAUGAUAAAUUUGCGUUUUAUUACUGAUAAAAGCAACUAUUUUCAUUCAGAGCAACUAUAUAGUGUACUAACGAAUUACAUCAGAGUAAGAACUUGUUGUGGAUGCACAGGAAUGUACCAAUAAUUAUCAUGUUAAGUCUAAUGGCGUCCUUGGACUCUAAAUGGAUAUUCCCUAUUGGCCGUUAUUUAUAAUUGUACAGAUGUCGUUUUCUAUUUUAUGGUACGAUGUGGUAUGUUUGGUUGGUGUAUAAACAGAGUAUGUUUGAAAUAUAACGAUUCAUAUCUCCG